UAUCAGAAGAUAUGGCACCGUGUGGAGGAAAUCAUGGCCAAGAACCCUGAUUGGUUGAGCCAGGAUGACGACGAGCACCUGCGCCGAGCGGCCGAGAGCCAGUACGUCUACCUCGGAGAAGAUUCUACUUUGGAGAUGUGGGACGACCCACGGCGAUGUGAUUUACAGAUGUUAAACGAGAAGUUUCGUUUCAACAAACUUGCAGUUGCCCUACCCAAACAUAGCAUAAACACACAGCUCUUCUCCCAAAAAAUAUUGAAGCUAUACGAAAGCGGCAUACUGCAUAUGUGGUGGAAUCAAUGGAAACCUAAACAUCAGUGUGAGCCACCAAGCAGAAAAUCCAAGAGGAUAGACAUGUUAGCCUUGCAGAGUGCCUUCUAUGGUGCAGGGGUGGGUGUGGCCUUAGCACUUGCCGUCCUUGUGAGUGAAUUCAUUAAGAACCGGAGAUGUAAACAACGACAGCAAGGACAGUCUGAGAACGUUGAAGAAGAGUCAGUUUGCCGUGAUAUUUCAUCACAGGAACUGUCCUAUCAAGACAUACCUUCAAGCACUUGACGUAAAACAGUGUUGCACUAGAAGAACCUUAUGACUUAUUACAUGAAAUCCCAUCUUGAUAGUAUCGGUAGA